AUGGAUCGGCUCCAGAUGUAUGCUGCGGCUCAAGGACUUGGUGGGAUGAGCGCACCUCCGGGGAUGGUUUGUUUUUAUCGGGACUUUCUUCACUUAUCCAUACGGGGCUAAUUUUUUGAUUUUUUUUACCUCAGGAUACGCCGGUUAUUGAUAACUCAGAAACUGUGUACAUUUCUUCGCUGGCGCUGUUGAAGAUGUUGAGGCACGGGAGAGCUGGUUUGUCUUUCGUCCUUCGAGAUGGUGCAAUGGGGGGGCAGAUGCUGACUUGUUGGGUAGGUGUGCCGAUGGAGGUUAUGGGUCUUAUGUUGGGGGAGUUUGUUGACGAUUAUACUGUUCGUGUGGUUGAUGUGGGUUUGCUUCUUUCUUGGGGGAUGGGGAUGGAUUGGAGGGGGAUAGCUAAUUUCUCGUAGGUCUUUGCGAUGCCUCAGAGUGGUACGGGCGUUUCGGUUGAGGCUGUCGAUCCGGUGUUCCAGACUAAAAUGAUGGACAUGUUAAGGCAGACUGGGAGGUAUGUGGAUGGAUGGGAUGUUGAUGGAAGGGUGGGUGGCGCUGACUCUUUUGUGGCUUUGCUGUAGACCGGAAACCGUCGUCGGAUGGUAUCAUUCUCAUCCGGGCUUUGGCUGUUGGCUGUCAAGCGUCGAUAUCAACACCCAACAGUCCUUCGAACAGCUAACACCCCGUGCGGUAGCAGUUGUCAUCGAUCCUAUUCAGUCUGUCAAGGGAAAGGUUGUCAUCGAUGCCUUCCGACUGAUCAACCCACAAUCCCUCAUGCUCGGACAGGAGCCCCGCCAGACCACCUCCAACCUCGGCCAUCUCAAUAAGCCCUCUAUCCAGGCGUUGAUCCACGGGUUGAAUAGACAUUACUACUCUAUCCUCAUCAAUUACCGCAAAACGCACCUGGAGGAGAACAUGCUCAUGAACCUGCACAAGACGGUAUGGACAGACGGCCUGACGAUGAAGGACUUUAAGCUGCUUGCUAAGGAGAACCAAGAGCGUUUGGAAAAGAUGGUUGGCCUGGCCGAUUCCUACGAGAAGCGUGUCAAGGAGGAGAACGACCUGACGAAGGAUGAUAUGAAGACCCGCUACGUUGGGAAGGUGGAUCCGAAGAAGCAUUUGGAGGAAUUGGGUAAGCGGGGUAUCGAGGAGAAUAUUGUGGGCGUGUUGGUUGAGAUGGUGGAUAAGGAGGCGAGCUUUGCAGCUGAUAUCGAUGGGAGUAAGCCUGGACAUGUGGAGGCUAUGGAUGAGGAUUAGACUGGAAUUGAGGUUUUUUUUUUAGUUUUUUUUUUAGUUUGGGGGAUCUCUUUUCCACAAUCUUCUGUACAAUA